GUAGCCUGUGACCCCCUCCCCCUCCGAUUAUAUGUGUGCUCAGCCUCACAGGAGGUAACUGUGGUGCAGUCUACAAGUUGGACCUAUUGUUGCUGUAAUUUGGGUCCUGGUUUUGCUUAUCUGGCACAGCAGGUAGGAUGAAGCUCCUUCUUCUGCUGGUGGCUGUCGGGCUAUGCUCCGCUCAGUACAAUCCCAACACCAGGUCAGGACGGACAUCAAUUGUCCACUUAUUUGAGUGGAGAUGGGACGACAUUGCAGCAGAGUGUGAACGGUACCUGGGACCCAAUGGAUUUGGAGGAGUCCAGAUUUCUCCACCAAAUGAGCAUAUCACCGUUACCAGUCCAUGGAGACCAUGGUGGGAGAGAUACCAGCCUAUCAGCUAUAAGCUGUGCUCUCGUUCUGGUAAUGACCAACAAUUCAGAGACAUGGUGACCAGAUGUAACAAUGUUGGGGUAUAUAUCUAUGUGGAUGCCGUCAUCAAUCACAUGUGUGGCGCAGGAGGUGGCGAAGGUACUCAUUCUUCUUGUGGAAGCUAUUUCAAUGCUGGUGCAAGAAAUUUCCCUGCUGUUCCAUUUUCUAGCUGGGACUUCAAUGAUGGCAAGUGCAGGACUGGCAGUGGAGAAAUCGAGAACUACGGUGAUGCUUACCAGGUCCGUGACUGCCGUCUUGUUAGUCUCCUUGAUCUUGCCUUGGAGAAGGACUACGUUCGGGAUAAGAUUGCCGAUUUUUUGAACACUCUCAUUGACAUCGGUGUAGCUGGCUUUAGAUUUGAUGCUGCCAAACACAUGUGGCCCGGAGACCUCAAGGUUAUCACCGACAAGCUUCGCAAUCUCAACACCCAAUGGUUUCCCAAUGGAGCCAGACCCUUUAUCUUCCAGGAGGUUAUCGAUCUUGGGGGUGAAGGCAUUUCAACCAGUGAAUACUUUGGAAUUGGAAGAGUCACAGAGUUUAAGUAUGGCGCCAAGCUCGGAACAGUUAUCCGUAAGUGGAAUGGAGAGAAGAUGGCCUAUUUGAGAAACUGGGGAGAAGGUUGGGGUUUUAUGCCCAGUGAUAGAGCCUUGGUCUUUGUAGACAACCAUGAUAACCAGAGAGGACACGGUGCAGGCGGAGCCUCAAUUCUCACCUUCUAUGACUCUCGUCUCUAUAAGAUGGGACUUGGCUUCAUGUUGGCCCAUCCCUAUGGCUUCACACGUGUCAUGUCCAGUUUCAGUUGGGAUAGGUACUGGGUUGAUGGCAAGGAUGUCAAUGACUGGAUUGGACCACCAAGCUAUUCUGAUGGUUCCACAAAGCCUGUCCCUAUUAAACCUGAUACCACUUGUGGCGAUCGUUGGGUCUGUGAGCAUAGAUGGCGCCAGAUCAGGAACAUGGUUAUUUUCCGUAAUGUGGUAGAUGGACAGCCCUUCUCCAAUUGGUGGGACAACGGAAGCAACCAAGUUGCGUUUGGUCGUGGAAAUAGAGGAUUCAUUGUGUUUAACAACAAUGAUUGGCACUUGGAUGCCACUCUGUACACUGGUCUCCCAUCUGGGUCCUACUGUGAUGUGAUCUCAGGACAAAAGGAAGGUGAUUGCUGCAGCGGUAGACAGAUCUAUGUAGACGGCAAUGGCAAUGCUCGCUUCCAGAUCAGCAACAACGAUGAAGAUCCCUUUGCAGCCAUUCAUGUUGAUGCCAAAUUGUAAUAUUUCAAUAAAAAAACUGAUCUUCUAU